AUCCUUGUUGGUGCUGCGGAGUUGACUCAGUUGUUUGCCCGCAUGUCAUAAUGCUUCUUUAUUUUGUUUGGUUGUGAAUUUAUAAUGGAUUAAACACAACGUAUUCUUACCAGUCGACGGAGCUCGGUGCUAUGAAGCUAACACGGAAACUGGUUCUCGCUAAGGCCAAGGCCUCGGACCUGGAGAGCGUGAAGAAGCUCAAUUGCUGGGGAUGCAGCCUAACAGAAAUUUCAAUCUUAUCCCAAAUGCCCAACAUUAAGGUGCUGACUCUCAGCGUUAACUGCAUCUCCUCCCUCGCUCCUCUGUCUGGCUGUAUGUCUCUGUGUGAGCUGUACCUGAGGAGGAACAUGAUCCCGUCACUCUCUGAGCUCUCUCAUCUGCGGCUGCUGGCGCAUCUCAGAGUUCUCUGGUUGGCUGAGAAUCCCUGUUGCGGAACUGAGUCCGCCAAGUAUCGGCUGACUGUGCUGCGCUGCCUGCCUCGUCUGCAGAGGCUGGACAAUCAGGUGGUGACGGAGGACGAGAUUGCUCUGGCUAUGAUGGAGGGCGAAGUGGUCACCACGCCCCCAGUCAGUGUCCAAACCCAGUUGUCCACAAAUGGACUUCCAGAAGCAGAGACAGAGAAUGACCCACACAACUACAACAUGGAGGAAACAAAUAAAAUCAGGGAAGAGCUGGGGAUGAAGCUCCUGUCCAGAGACAAGUUCCCCUCUCUUUCCUCCCCAUCGACCAGAGAAACCAGAUCACUGAUGAAAAAGACACACACUCUUGAUGCCGUUCUGCUACUGCUGAACGAUUUGAACGAAGAGGAGCUUCGCAUCGUGCACACAGCUGCACAGAACAGACUCCAGACUUACACACUGGACCCAGAGACUCUCAAAGAGUCACUGCAGGUACAGAAAACUGUAGACAUCCAGCACUGAAAAAAACAAUGUCCUGACACCAUUGGUGCACAUGCACUCUGUGUCUCUUCUGGGAUCUACUGAAUUCAAUAAGCAUGUGUUGAUGUGUUUUCAAUCACUAUGGUUACAUGGACAGCAAUAUUCCAGCCUUACCACAAUUAAGAAAAUAGUCUGAGUAAGUCACGGCCAUAUAAUCAGAACAAGGUCCUAUGCAAAUAAAAGCAAUAAUCAGAAUGACAUGUGACAUAUUCCAGUUUGAGUAUAGUAGUAUAUUCCAUUACCAACUCAUCCGCACAUGAUCUUGUUUUAUAAUCCAUACUACGGUCAACAUCUGGAUAAUUGGUGUCCAUGUAAUCAUCGUCAAUGAUUCUUUUAGAUUACACACUCCUGUUCUCUUGUGGAGAAAUUGCGUCAUUUCCUUGGCGUUGUUUUUUCAGAGCAGCAUGCCUACUUGCCUUGUAAGAACAAAUGAAUGUACAUGUUGUUAAAUGUAAAUCUAUUUCUGUAACUAGUAAGAAUAAAUUGCAAUAUAUUAA